AUGGCUCUCAACGUUUUGAGACAACGCAAUCGCCAGCAGGAGUUGGUGGAUUUCUCAUUGAAGGAUGUGUUCGAAAAAUUCCAGAUGAUUCACCUGCAGUUCCAAGAUUGGCUGCGAUCUAUGGGGCUAAUGUCUACACCGUUAUGCCCAUCGUGCCAAGUAUCCAUGACACCGAGGAACGACGAGCACCACAGUGGCUGGGUGUGUAACCGAAGAUCGUGCAGUACUGGACCGACGAACGAAACGGAGGUCUACGCAUCUGCUAGAAAAGGCUCAUUCUUCGACAAGUCCAACCUCGGCGAGUCGACUGUGUUUGCUCUGUCCUACUUCUGGCUCCACGACAUGGGAAAUGUGAAGGACAAAGCAUACGAGAUUCACAUGAAUCCUCGUACCGUUGUUCAGUGGGAGAAAUGUUUCCGUGACGUGUGCGCAGAACACUUUAGAAGGAACCCACCAAUCAUCGCAGGAUUGGAUGUGAAGUGA